AUGGACGCCGCCAGUGAAAGCGGGGGAGGCCUGAGCAAGCUGCUACCCAAAGCUAUCGCAGCCAAGCGACGCCGCAGAAAGCAAGAAGCCCGGGAAGACGACGCCGCAGCAGCGACGGCCGCAAUGCUAUUGGGGGUCAAGGGGGAAGAUGUCACGGCUCCAGCUGACACGCCCGCGCCACUCAGAGACGACAGCGCCAGUUAUAUGUCUGCGAGGCGCGACAGCGGCUCCUAUGUCCACGACACGGACAGCUUCUCCAACAAGGACAGCUCGACUGGGUUUCCCGACUACGACUACGACCACUACCGCGAGCACGGCCACGAAGCCGGCGACGAAGUCAGCACCGAAGCCACCAGCAUGGUGACUCUCGACGAUUCCGACGCGGAACAGUAA